AUGGCUGCCAAAAAUCAUUUCUAUCAUAUUUCAUUGGCACUACUUUUCUUCAUGGCAUUCUGGGCUUUUCAAGUCACAUCUCGCUCUCUGCAAGAUGUCUCCAUGUAUGAGAGGCACGAGGAAUGGAUGGCUCGUUACGGCAAAGUGUAUAAGAGCCCUCAGGAAAGGGAAAAACGUUUCAGGAUAUUCAAGGAAAAUGUGAAUUACAUUGAAACCUUCAACAAUGCUGCAACUAAACCUUACAAGCUAGGCAUUAAUGAAUUUGCAGACCUUACCAAUGAGGAGUUCGUAGCACCAAGAAAUAGGUUCAAGGGUCACAUGUGUUCCUCAAUCUUAAGGACAACCUCUUUUAAGUAUGAAAAUGUAACUGCAGUGCCAUCCAUAGUGGAUUGGAGGCAAAAGGGUGCAGUGACACCCGUCAAGGACCAAGGUCAAUGUGGCUGUUGUUGGGCCUUUUCUACUGUUGCAGCAACUGAAGGAAUUCACGCACUGACUAGUGGAAAAUUGAUCUCUUUGUCGGAACAAGAACUUGUUGACUGUGACACAAAGGGUGUGGACCAAGGUUGUGAAGGUGGUCUUAUGGAUGAUGCUUUCAAAUUCAUCAUCCAAAAUCAUGGACUCAACACUGAAGCCAAUUACCCAUACAAGGGUGUUGAUGGAACCUGCAAUGCAAAUGAAGCAUCUCAGCAUGCAGUUUCCAUUACUGGGUAUGAGGAUGUCCCUGCCAACAAUGAGAAAGCACUGCAGAAGGCUGUGGCCAAUCAACCAGUGUCUGUAGCCAUUGAUGCCAGUGGCUCUGACUUUCAAUUUUACAAGAGUGGUGUCUUCACUGGCUCAUGUGGAACUGAAUUGGAUCACGGUGUCACAGCUGUGGGAUAUGGGGUUGGUGAUGAUGGAACUGAGUAUUGGCUGGUAAAGAACUCAUGGGGAACCGUUUGGGGUGAAGAAGGGUACAUUAGGAUGCAAAGGGGUGUGGAUUCUGAGGAAGGACUCUGUGGCAUAGCUAUGCAAGCAUCUUACCCUACUGCAUAA